GUGAAUACUGUGAAUGAUGCUGGACAAACACCUUUGCAUUUGGCUGCUAGUGCAUGGAACAACCUUGCUUGUGUAAAAGUCCUUUUACAAUAUGGGGCUAAGAUGGAUGUGAAGGAUUUUGAGGGAAAUACACUGCUCAUGCUGGCACAGGGUAAAUCAACGUCCAAGCUUAUCAAAGUGCUACUUGAUGCUGGUGCCGAUAUUGAGGAGCGCUGGGACGACAUGACCCCACUUGUGUAUGCUGCGUCAAGGAAAAAUCCCAAAUAUGUUGAGAUAUUGAUCUUGCAUGGUGCGGAUGUCAACACUAAAAAUGAUGCUGGACGAACACCUCUUCAUUUGGCUGGAGCACUAAACAACCUUCCUUGUGCGAGAGUCUCUUUACAGCAUGGUGCCAAGUUGGACGUGAAGGAUUCCCAUGGAAAUACAGCACUCAUGUUGGCACAGACUCUGGGUUCGAAAAGAGGGAACACCUCAGAAUUGGUAGCUUUCCUCACGGAACAGGAGCAUGAAGUAAUUGCAUGUACCAGAGAGGUUUUGAAGUAG